AUGUCCAGCCCAACAGACGGGUCAGGCCAAACCAGACCCAAGAAGAAACUCAUCAUCAAUGCCUUCGUCGAAAUGUGCUCCGGCCAUCAAUCCCCGGGCCUCUGGCGCCACCCCUCCGACCAGUCCCACAAUUUCACUUCCGUCCAACACUGGGUCGAGCUCGCCAAGCUCCUCGAAUCCGCCAGAUUCCACGGCAUCUUCAUCGCCGAUGUCCUCGGUGGCUACGAUGUCUAUCGUGAUUCCCUCACCCCUGCCAUCGUCUCCGGGGCGCAAUGGCCCGUCAACGAGCCCUUGUCGGUAGUCUCCGCCAUGGCGGCCGCCACAAAAUCUCUCGGUUUCGGCGUCACUGUGAGUACCAGCUACGAAGCGCCCUAUCAUUUACACCGCCGCCUGGCGACGGUCGAUCACUUGACCAACGGUAGAUUAGGCUGGAACAUUGUGACGAGUUACUUGGACAGCGCCGCUCGUAACAUUGCGGGACGGGAAAAGCAGGUGGCACAUGAUGAGCGCUACGAACAGGCGGAGGAGUACUUGCGGGUAAUGUACAAGCUUUUUGCCUCUUCGUGGCGGGACGACGCGGUUGUGCUGGAUCGUGAGAGGGGAGUGUAUACCGACCCGGAGGCCGUGAGGCAGAUCAACCACGAGGGCAAGUUCUUCUCCGUCCCCGGCCCCGCCAUUGUUCAGCCCACGCCACAGAGAGUGCCGCUUCUGUUGCAGGCUGGAACCUCCAAAGCUGGCAAGCUCUUUGCUGCGCAGCACGCCGAAGCCAUCUUUGUGAGCUCGCACGCGCCGCAGGUUUGUGCGAAGAAUAUUGCCGAGGUGAGGCAGUUGGCCCGGAAAAAGUUUGGAAGGGAUGGGAGCAAGAUCAAGGUGUUGAGUUUGGUUACACCGAUUCUGGGCAGGACCGAGGAGGAGGCGAAGGAGAAAUUGGCUGAUUACAGGAAAUUUGCGAGCACGGAAGGUGCGCUGGCGCUCUUUGGUGGGUGGACGGGCAUGGAUUUGAGCAAAUAUGGUGAUGAUGAGGAGUUGAGACAGGUUGAGAGUAAUGCUGUGAGGUCGACGGUGGAGGCUUACGCCAGGUUCUCUCCGCCUGACUCAAAGUGGACAAAGCACACCGUUGCAGAGCACGUUUCCAUCGGUGGCAACGGUCCCAUCCUUGUUGGCACACCAGAGCAGGUUGCUGAUGGCCUUGAGGCCUGGAUAAAUGAGGCUGAUGUUGAUGGCUUCAACUUUGCAUAUGCCCUCUUCCCGGGAUCUUUCCAGGAUAUAAUCGAUCUUUUGCUCCCCGAGUUGAAGAAGCGUGGUCUCUUCUGGGACGAUUACGCUGUCCCGGGCGGAACAUAUCGUGAGAACUUCUAUGGUGCCCAAGGCCAGAAGUAUCCGUUGGAGGAGCACAUCGCGUCCAAGUACCAGUGGAAAGCCGGUGUACCAUCCGAGGAGCACAAGAUCCCAGAGUAGGCGUGCAAGUUUGCUCUGUUAAUUGACUUCUUGAAGAUUCCAAAGGCUCUUUUUCUGCGGCAUCAGGCAAAAUAUUUGCCAAAAUGUGCCAAUGAUCAAAAGGUGUUCAGUCUCUUUUGCGUGGUGCCGUGGAGACUCAAAAAGAGUGUGAAGAAAGAGGUUC